AUGCCUUAUAUCAAAGAAACCAGUGGAGAGGACUGCUCCCUGGAGCCGAUUGCUAUUUGUGGAAUGGCGUGUCGACUCCCUGGAGCAGUAGAUUCAGCGUCGUCUCUGUGGCAGCUACUGAAAGACAAAGGAUCCGGCCAAACACCAAAGGUACCCGAGAACCGCUUCAACAUCGACUCACACUUCCAUCAAAAUCUGGAGCGUCCCGGGAGCUUCAAUGUACUCGGAGGCUAUUUCCUCGAUGGCGCCCCUGAAGAUUUCGAUCCCACAUUCUUCAACAUGACCCCUGUGGAAGCAAUGUGGCUAGAUCCACAACAACGAAAAAUACUCGAAGUAUCUUACGAAUGCCUCGAAUCUGCCGGACUUAGUCUCGACGCUGUAGCCGGGAGCAAUACCGCUGUCUUUAUUGGUAGCUUCACGAGCGAUUACCAACAGAUGUCGGUACGUGACACGGACUUCAGGCACAACUAUGCAGCCACGGGUGUCGACCCUGGUAUCAUUAGCAACAGGAUCGGCAAUACCUUCAAUCUGAACGGCCCUAGCUUCACCAUCAACACAGCCUGCUCGUCAUCUAUUUAUGCCAUUCACAACGCUUGUCACGCCCUGCGUGCCCGCGACUGUGAGGCGGCAAUUGCCGGCGGGGUGAACCUGAUCCUCACAGUCGAUCAACAUAUGAACACUGCUAAAUUAGGAAUCCUAUCGCCAACAUCGACUUGCCAUACCUUUGACGCCUCUGCGGAUGGUUAUGGUCGUGCAGAGGGAGCCGGUGCUCUAUACCUGAAGCGACUGUCGGAUGCUAUUCGCGAUAAGGAUCCGAUCCGCAGCGUAAUUCGCUCGUCCGCUGUCAACACGAACGGCAAAGUCGAGGGCAUGGGAAUAACCCAUCCCAGUGUCAAGGGACAAGAGCGAGUCGUGCGAGCUGCGUAUAAAAGAGCGAACCUUGAUCCUGACAAAACAGCGUACGUGGAAUGCCACGGGACUGGCACGCCAGUGGGAGAUCCCAUCGAGGUCAAUGCGGUCUCCAAUGCUAUGAAUGAUACGAGAAGUCCAGACAAACCCUUGCUCGUUGGUGCAAUCAAAGCAAACAUUGGCCAUAGUGAAGCCGCCAGUGGUAUCUUUGCUGUCAUGAAAGCGGCUAUGAUGACAGAAGCUGCGACAAUUCCGGGCGUAGCAGGUUUCAAGACCAUCAAUCCAGCGAUCGAUGAGAAGGGAUGGAACGUCAAAGUCAAUUCCGAUACAGUACCUUGGCCAAACGACUCUCCUCUUCGACGGGCUAGUGUCUCUUCUUUCGGCUAUGGCGGCACAAACGGUCAUGUCAUCCUUGAGGCGGUGGAUUCCCUCUAUCCGUGGUAUGAACAUGGCAAAGCUAAGGCAGAGGCGAGGUAUAGCUAUCAUACCACAAGGCCUUUCUUGAUGGAAGUUUCCGCACAUGACAAAGCCACUUUGAAGAGGAAUAUUGACGCUUAUGGAAACGUCGCUGAUAGGUUCCAUCUUGCUGACCUGGCAUACACGCUCAACUCGAGAAGGACUAAGUUCUCUCAACGGGCCUUCACUGUGGCACGCGAAGGUAGUGAAGCGGAUGACUUUGCGAUGUCUUCAUUCGAAUUCGGCUCUGCUGGCUCGACCGUCCCAAGGAUAGGUUACCUUUUCACAGGGCAGGGUGCCCAAUGGGCUGGGAUGGCGGUGGAAGCUAUGCGAGUAUUUCCAACCUUCCUUGAUACCAUCAGAGAGCUCGACAAUGUCUUGCAAAAGCUUGAUCCGCCUCCUUCAUGGAGCAUCGAAGGAGUGCUAUUGACUCCAGCCGAAUCAAGCAGAAUUGCCGAGGCCGAGAUUGCCCAGCCGGUGUGCACAGCGACGCAGAUUGCGAUCGUGGAUCUGCUCCAGCAAUGGGAUAUAGCGCCGUCAGUCAACGUGGGCCACUCGUCUGGCGAAAUCGGCGCCGCUUACGCCGCUGGUUUGCAUUCCGCUCCAGAAGCAAUCAUUGCUGCCUUCUACCGUGGCUUAGCUGUGAAGAACGUCGCGCCUACGGGUACCAUGCUCGCUGCUGGGGUUGGAGUGAAGGAAGUCGCCCACUUUAUCGCAGACUUGAGCGAAGAUGUGAUCGUCGCUUGCGAGAACUCUCCCAGCAGUGUGACUCUAAGUGGCAAUUCUACAGGAAUCCAGGAGGCGAAGAAACGACUCGAUUCGGCGAAGAUUUUCGCAAGAGAGCUGAAGACUGGAAAAGCCUACCAUUCGCCUCAGAUGAGCGCCGUGGCUCCUGUCUACAACGAUCUGCUCUCGAAGGCAUAUCGGAAGCUGGACCAGGAAAGUCUGGAAUGGCGCCGACCAAGGGCAACAAUGAUCUCCUCGGUGACGGGCAAAGAGUAUGAAGAAGACCACGUGCCAAUCCAAUACUGGAGCGACAACCUCCGUAGCCGAGUUCGCUUUGAUUCCGCAAUCACGACCAUGGGACAAUUCGCUGGCCUAGAAGACGUCGGAUGUAUCAUCGAAAUCGGACCCCAUUCAGCACUCGCUGGACCGUUCAAACAGAUCUGCUUGGCCAACAACUUCGAUCAGUACAAAUAUAUCCCGACCUUUAUCCGAAAGUCGGAUGACUCCAUUCAGCUCCUCAAGACUGCUGGAGAGCUUUUCUUGCAAGGUGUUCCCCUGGAUAUUGAAGAAGUCAACCGAGUUGAAAACGCAAGCGAUACGAUCGACUCCAGAAAGCAUGGAGGUCCACGGUUGCUUGUCGAUCUGCCACCUUAUCAGUGGAAUUACGAAAAGCGCUUCUGGGCAGAGCCUCGAUUCAGUCACGAACAGCGUCAUCCCAAGCAUCCUCGCCACGAUCUUCUGGGGAGUAGAAUGCUAGGUCUGUCAGACCAUUCUCUUGUAUGGAGGAAUGUUCUGCGUCACAGAGAUAUUCCAUGGCUGAAAGACCACCGGCUCGGCAAUGCGGCUGUUUUCCCAGCUGCAGCUCAUAUGUCAUUAGCAAUUGAGGCGCUUCGACAAGUUUGUCAGACAGAAGGUGCUGAGAUCCAAGGCGUCACCCUUCGAGACGUUGAUAUCAAGACGGCUUUGGUGAUCCCUGAGAAAGAUAACGGAAUCGAGAUACAGCUUAGGUUCCAAGAACUAGCCAUGGCUGAAAAGACAACAAUGUGGUACUCGUUCGCGGUUGAGUCCAUCACCGACGAACGAUGGACAACUCACUGCGAGGGACGGAUUGCUGCCAAGCACAAUCUUCCAAGUUCACCGCGAAAGCUUGAAUCGCCAGUCGAUGUCUCGAAGUUGACUCAACGCGUACCAGGGAAGAGAUGGUAUGAGGCAUUCAACAGAGUUGGGUUCGAAUAUGGACCAGCUUUUCAGCCUCUCACUCAGAUCAGGACGAAUGGCAAAGACCACGAGGCUGCAGCAAAUGUGGAUGUCGCCACUGAAAGUGGUAUGAUGGAUGGGGAAUCCAGAUACAUCUUACACCCUUCGACGAUCGAUGCUUGUUUGCAACUCAUCAUCGUUUCCAUCAACGCCGGUCUUCACAAGGAGAUGGCCUGUGGCGUCGUGCCCCUACAGAUGGAAGAGGUCAAUCUGUGGUUUCCCAACGAAGAAGCAGGGUCAAGAGGUCAUGCGGUGGCAUGGACUGAUGAACUGAAUGGUCGCUACUUCAACACCCAUACUAAGCUUGCAACGGAAAGCGGCGAGCUAGUGUUAGAUGUGAAGAGCAUGCGUUGUGUGUCAUAUGAGGCAGCGGUUCCUCAGAAUGCCACUCAGGCUCGCAGCAGAGAACCAUACAUGGAGGUCUCGUGGAAACCGGAUGUUACCACUCUCACCUCGCCACAAGCAGUCCAGGUUUACCCUCAUGUCCAGUCCGAAGUAGACGCAGUCGGAAAGAUUGUUGAGUUGAUUAAUCAUAAGGGUGCCAUUGACAGUGUCAUUCUCCUCGGCGAGUCGCUAAUCGAAUUCGUUGACGCGCUCAAACAAUACCUUCCACCGACCACUACUUUCACGAUUGGAAGUCGCUCUGCAAAGGCAUUGGACCACUUCCAAUCAUCCAUUCAGGAUGAGCGGACUUCCACACUCUUGCUAUCAGAAGAGUUGUCUGAAUGGAGCGAGACCAUUGGUGAGAGGCAUGGCCUUCUUAUCCUUGGGGAUUGUAUGCUUCAGACCAAAAUACAGAUGGAUUUGCUAAAUACAGUCAAGCCUUUCGUCGGUGAGAAUGGCAGCCUGAUCUCGAUUGUGAAGGACAGUUCCGACAACAAUUUUGCCAAAGCGCUCAGCUUAUGCGGCUAUUCGGAUCUUGGGUCCCAGUUCCAUCUCUCGGAUACCAGCGUGAUCCAUUCCCAGCUGUCAGCUUCAAUAAAUAACGUACCAAAUACCGAUGAGAAAAUUAUGAUCGCCACCAUGGAUCCACAGCGACCUUCCGUACAGGACAUCGCGAAACAAUUGCGAGCAAGAGGCUGCAACGUGCAUACUGAGCAUAUCUCGAAAGUCGAGGUCUCAGAGGCUACUAAGAUCGUCAUCGACGACACAGAGGGCACCAUGCUAUCCAAACUCCGCGCUGACGUCUUUGAGGCGCUGCAGAAGAUUCUUUGCUCAAGCUUGCCGGUCGUUUGGCUCACCAGCGGGGUCAAUCAAGGCGAGGUGAUUUUCGGAGGCAUGAGCCAAGGGUUUCUUCGGGCCAUACGAUCUGAGCAAGCUGCAGCUCAAAUUACGCUGCUAGAUGUUGACGUUGAUGAGAACCUUGGAUGCAUUGGUGAAACCCUCCACCAGAAGCUCGGAAAUGUGGCAACGAAGAACUCUGGUAAAGAUACCGAUUUCUGGCUUCAUCAAGGAGUGCUCUAUGUGAGCCGGGUUGUUCCAAAUGCAACCUUGAACGACCAACUCUCCGCUACAACAGAUGCUACUGAGCACUCUGUCCUUCCAGCGGAGACGGCGCUUUGCGGCAGAGUCGUCAAUGGAGAGCUCAAUCUCUGUCCGAGAGCACCAGAAACUCAGGAACUUUCAGACCUUGAGGCCGAGAUUCAGGUGGAAGCAUCUGAAUUCCAAGCAGACGAUGUGCAGUCUGACAAUGAGCCGCCCAGGAUUGUGCUGGGAAAAAUCGUCAGAGUCGGCAGCAGUAUGGACGCAGCCGCCAUCGGUCAAACCACCGCCUUGUAUACGAAGGAAGGUUAUUCCACUAUGGUGAGAGCCACUGAGCACAUGUGUGUCGGUGUUGCAGGUUUCGAUGUGGCGCGUUUGGCAGCAACUUUACCCAACUUGUGCAAAGCGGUGAACUGUCUCAAGGCAGGGAACGUUGAGCCGGGCGAGCAUGCGCUGGUUCUUCCUGCACCUCUGCCUAUCGUGGGCGCCAUUGCUGGUCUCAGCCGUGCAUUCAACUUCAACAUCACGCUGGUCGUGGAGACUGAAGAAGAGAAAGAAGAAUGCCUCCUCAAGUACCAAGUGCCUUCCGGAUCGAUAUUACUGGCCGAAGAAACCGAAACGAUUCGCAAGCUCGUGUCAGGAACCUCUACCAAUGUGCCUAGCAUUGUGAUUGCGAGCGACUUCUCGCAUUUGAGUCGGGAAAUAUGGAGAUUCAUGCCAGCAAUGGGUCGCUUCGUCCUUAGCGAUGGAUCUGUUGAUGCGAGGCCAGAUGUACUUCCUUUCACAAAAGGUGCUUCGUUCAUUCCCACAGGCAUCGGUGCUCUUUACAGACAGAGUCAGGCUUCCGCAGUCCUGAAAUCAACACUCGACAUUCUGAGGCUACACAGACAGCUUUUGGUCCAAGAGCCUGCGGUGCAUGAUAUCAGUGCACUGAAGGAGAUGAAGAGCUUCUCAGACUCCUCCGCGAAACUGAAUAACGGUGUCGUUGCGUAUAAUUAUGGAGAAAGCUCUGUCAAGAUUCAACCGGCAGGCAAAGAGCUCCGUUUCUCCCCAAAUGCUGCUUAUCUUUUGGUUGGUUGUCUUGGCGGAUUGGGUCGCAGUCUAACUACCUGGAUGAUGGAAAAAGGGUGCAGAAAUUUUGCAUUCAUAUCCCGCUCCGGGGCGGACAAACCAGAAGCUGCAAAAGUUGUUGAGUCAAUCACGGAAGCUGGUGCUUCUGCUCAGGUAUUCAGGGCUGAUGCUACGAUUGACACGGACGUGGCGAAGGUUGUUUCCGCGGUCAAUGCAGCCCGUCCGAUUCGUGGUGUUGUCCACGCUGCUAUGGUACUCCAGGAUGGUAUGUUCGAAAACAUGACCUGCGAGAAAUUUGCUGCUGCAGUGAACCCCAAGAUGAUGGGUGCAUGGAACCUUCACAAAGCUCUGGGUGAUACACCGCUGGACUUCUUCGUAAUGACCAGUUCCAUCUCGGCGGUACUUGGUAACCCUGGACAGACCAACUAUAGCGCAGGCAACAGUUUCCUUGACGCUCUCGCCUGGCAUCGAAACCAGCAUCGCCUCGUUGCGAGCUCACUGGCUCUGCCAAUGGUUCUUGACGUUGGGGUUGUGGCCGAGAAUGAGAAUAUUGAGACAUCGCUCUCCCGCAAAGGAAUGUACGGAAUCGAUGAAGGAGAGAUGCUCCGUGGUUUCGAGACGGCCAUGAUGCAAGCUAAGCCUGGCGCCAACGAGCCUGCUCGUAUUGGUAGCGCUCAGAUCAUACUCGGCCUUGAACCCGUCUAUCUCGCCGAAGCACUAGCCUCUGAGGAUGUCGUUGAUGCCUAUUGGUACAACGAUGCUCGCUUGAACGGCAUCAGAGCAAACGUUGAGGAUAUCCUCAGUUCUUCAACAUCCAGCAGGGGCUCCGGUGGCGACUUCGUGGGCUCUCUGAAAGCAACCAUGGCGGAAGGUCCUGACGCCGUGACUGAGGCUAUUGCUCUGCACAUUAUGAAGAGGUGUUCAAGCAUCCUCAUGACCGCGGUCGAAGGAUUCGACUUCGAUGGCAAGUCCAUUGCGGCGUACGGCCUGGAUAGUAUGAUCGGUGCCGAGCUUCGAAACUGGCUUUUUAAGGAAUUCGGGUUGGAUAUUGGCUUUCAAACACUGCUUGCGCCAACCCUAACGUUCAAAGCGUUGUCAGCGACGGUGGGCGAGACAUUGGGUGUCCUGAAGAUAUAG